CCACGGAGGAGCCACCGGGGGCGCCGCGUGUCGUGCGGGUGGCCCGCGGGCCGAGCCGGGGGCCGUCCGACAUGGUGGACUACUACGAGGUGCUGGGCGUGCCCCGCCGGGCGUCGGCCGAGGCCAUCAAGAAGGCGUACCGCAAGCUGGCGCUCAGGUGGCACCCCGACAAAAACCCUGAGAACAAGGAGGAGGCGGAGAGGCGGUUCAAGCAAGUGGCCCAGGCCUACGAGGUGCUGUCGGACGCCCGGAAGAGGGACGUGUACGACCGGUACGGCGAGGCGGGAGUGGAGGGCGGCGGCGGCGGCAGCGGGCCCUGCCACGACCCCUUCGAGUACGUCUUCACCUUCCGCGACCCGGCCGAGGUCUUCAGGGAGUUCUUCGGGGGCCAAGACCCGUUUUCUGCCUUCGACUUCUUCGGAGACCCGCUGGAGAGCGUCGUGGGCGGGCGGAGGAGCUCCCGGGGCGGCGGCGGCGGCAGGGGGACCGUCCCCUUCUUCUCCGCCUUCAGUGAAUUUCCAGCAUUCGGGGGAGGUUUUUCCUCUUUGGAUACGGGAUUCAGUUCCCUGGGGAACGGAGGCCUGUCUUCCUUCUCCAUGUCCUACGGUAGCGGCGGGACGGGCAACUUCAAAUCCGUGUCGACUUCCACCGAAAUCGUUAAUGGCAAGAAGAUCACCACCAAGAGAACCGUCGAGAAUGGCCAAGAACGGGUGGAGGUGGAGGAAGACGGAGAGUUGAAGUCCCUGGUGAUAAAUGGCAAAGAGCAGUUGCUGCGCCUUGACACCAAGUGAUUUCCAGUCCACGUUUCAUUUUAGAGCACGUUGUGUGGAAUAGCAGGACUUUGGUUUUUUGUUUGGUUCGGUUUUGUUUUGUUGGCUUUUUUUUUUUUUUUUCUGGAAGAUUUCAAGUGAACUCUACUUUCAGAACAGCUGUACUCAAGAAUUUAUAAACAGUUCGUGCCAGUGCCUAUUUGUCAUUUUUGUUGGGACCACACGAAUAGGACCUCCGUUUGUUUGUCUCUAAGACGGUUGCAAAUACCUGUAGGCACUUUGCUAUAUAUUAAACAUAAUCCCGAGGCAGACGGGGACUGUUUCCUAGUAUUAGGACAGAAUGUUUCCAGCACCUUGAACCUUGCCUUUCCAUCGUGUUUGAAAUGCGAGCCAGGUAAUUUGCUCUGAAGGUAACAUUGCCAAGAUAAAUGGUCUUACUUCAGUUUUUCUUCUCCAACACAUGGUGGUAAAAGGUAUGAAUAUAGUAAUAUUUCUGGCUUCAGGAUAGUUUUUAGCCCCACAUAAAUGCUGGUGACUACUGAGAGUUUUCCGUUGAAAUAUAUUAAGCCUACA